GGGAGAACUUGCACAAUUGGUGGCUGACUAAAUACUUUUUUUCCCCACUGUAUAUAUAUUGUAAGGGUAGGCCUACAACUACUACUCCGUGAGUGAAUAGAGCAGAUGGUGUUAAAAACUGUAGCAGAUAUAUUUGCCUAGUGGCGGGUGCUGUUGACUUUUGGCCGCAUGAUAACUUUGUUUUUAUUUCAGCUUAUAAAAUGAGAAAGAACACAAACAUACAUUUUGGUAAGAAAUUAUGUGGUAUUUUUGCUCCAACAGUAACGUUAUACAAUUCUAUAUUCAGUGAUCUUGCGGCAUUGAUUCAACUUUACCGAACAAGCACCAUUGUGAGAGGUGGCAGAGAGACGCGCCGGUGCACUCUGGGUAGCACUACACCCCCUGAUUGGAACAUCAGGGGGUGUAGUGUUUGUGCAAGCCAAAAUCUUCAGUGAUGACCUUCCCAGCCCCUCCCCUCUUCUCCCUUCCUCUCCUCCUUCUCCUUUUUCACCUGGACUCCGCCCACGCCUGUCGUACUGCCAGCCAAUCCCAGUGUGACUCCGCCCCCUUUGUCCCCGGUCACAACCUGGCAGGGGAGGGAUUUGACGUGGUCACCCUGAAACGUAAAGGGGCCUACCUGAUUGACCUGAAGACCUACCUGUCCCGCAGUAAAUCCUGUACGCUGUGUCGUAACCCCCUACAGGGGAACCAGCUGCAGAAAAUACCCCUGUCUGUUGUAGACUGGAGGCCCUACAGCCACUGUACUGAGGAUAUCUCCAGCCACUCUCAUACCUCUGUCAGUAACCUGGCACAGUCCAUGACCAACGAGAUCUCUACAAAAUGGAAGCUUGGUUUGAGUAAUGAGGCGAAGGUGUCCGUAAGCAUACCUGUAGGGCCGGUGAGUGUGAGUGUGGAGAAGGAGGUGGGCGGUAGAAUAGAGAUGGGAGGGUCCCAGUCGGAUGUAGCCAUCUUUGCCACGACCAAGACCAAAGACGACAGCCACUCCUUCUUCUCACAGAAUCUCCGCUGCCGCCACUACAGUUAUCGCACGCCAAACAUUCCUACUCUCAGUGAUGAAUUCCGUAAAGACAUCAAUCUUCUGCGAUCGUACUCUAAGACCUCCAAGGCCCAGUACCGCCGGCUCAUAGACACCUACGGGACUCACUACAUCCGCCAGGUUGACCUGGGAGGCCGGCUGACGAUGACCACAGCAAUACGCACCUGUCAGGCCUCACGCAGUGGCCUCUCUACAAAGCAGGUGGAGUCCUGCUUGUCCACAGGUUUUAAGGGGAGCCUUGGGUUUUCAGUUUCCUCUAGCGGUGAAAGCUGCUCCAAAGUUCUGGACAACCGUGACUCGAAGACCUCCUACAGCUCUAGCUUCCUCAGCCACCACACCAAGGUGGUGGGAGGCUCUGGUUGGCCGGGGGAGCUGUCACUCAACCGUAACGACUCAGUGGGGUACCAUAGGUGGAUGAGAACCUUGAAGAACUUCCCGGACGUCAUCUACUAUUCUCUGACGCCUCUGCACCUGCUCAUACCCGACACGGCUGUCCAGGAGGGACUGAAGGAGGCUGUCCAGGAGUACCUGAAGGAGAACGCCCUCACGGAGAGCACCAGGGAAAUGUCCUGUGGGGACCGUUACUCUAAACUGGACUCAAACUGCUGCCUCAAGGAGGUCUCGAAGGGAAGACUGGCGGUGACGGUGGUCAGAGCCUGGGGACUGGCAGGAGACCACCAAUGGAUAGCGGGAGACACUGAAGCGUACGCUGUGGUCACCUACGGUUCCAAGUCCCAUCAGACCAAUGUUAUACCGUCCAACGAUCCUGUCUGGAAUGCUACCUUUGACAUGGGUCCCUUCAACAAAGACCUGAGGCUAACGGUGGAGGUCUGGGAUGAAGAUCCUGCGAAUAAAGAUGACAACCUGAGGCACUGUACCGUCAACCUCGAGCAGGGGACACAUGAACGCCUGUGCAUCAACAGCGGGGGAUGGGGCUUUUAUUUCCUGUACACCCUCACCUGUGACCCCCACUUGACCGGGGACCAGUGUGAAAAAUACAAACCUUCCAACGCCACAACAUACAAACCUUCCACCCCCACAGUCCACUCUACUCCACUCUAAAAGCAUCUAUUUUCUAUCCAGAGUUCAGCGCUCCUAUACCUAUGGUUGUUUUACAUCUCUGUAUAAUGUACCCCCCAGAACGCAUGUUGGAGUAAAUUCAUUCCAGGCAGUGGGUCUGUUGCCUGUACAGCUCACCAGGAACCACGUUGGAAACAAGGGGAAUCAUUUCAAUAUGUUAUCCCCCGGGCUGUACUCAGUGCAUCUCCACCCCUCCCCCGA